GCCCAGAGCCCUCCAAGACACCAACUCAUUCCACACAAAAAACUCCAAACGCUUACCGAGAGAUCCAGUCUAUCGAGCUCCACAUCUUUCCCGGAAAACCUCUGUUCUUCCCAAAAAUCCAUUUCAAAAGGAAAAAAAAAAGCCUCUCAUUUCCAUGGCAAAUGCAUGGAAAAGAGAUAACAGCAAAACCCAAAAGCUCCUCUCACCCAAAUCCCUCCUUUACCUCCUCCUCCUCUCCCUCCUCCUAUACCUCUCCGUCUCUUUUCUUUCCCCUAAAAACCCCACCUUUAUUCCCACAACUCCCUCUUAUAAGACCCAAAGAACAGUCCAAAAUUUCCCACUUCCUCCUUAUAACUGCCACAACUCCCCACAAUCCCACCCCAUUGUUGCGAACAAAGUAGAACAUCUCAAAUACUCUUUCAUUUACUCCCUAGCUGACUUAGGUUCCCUCCCAGACAAGCCUCACAAGAACAUUGUGAGACUUCUUAAAGGUAAGCCCUUUCGUCGACCUGACAUCUCGGCUACCAUUCAGGAUGUCCUAGAAGGCAAAAACAGAGAUGGGUUUGUCGUGGAUGUCGGUGCCAAUGUCGGGAUGGCGAGUUUCGCGGCGGCGGUUAUGGGGUUCAAGGUGUUGGCUUUUGAGCCGGUUUUGGAGAAUUUGCAAAGGAUUUGUGAUGGGGUUUGGUUUAAUAGGAUUGAGGAGUUGAUCACUGUUUUUGAAGCCGCUGCAUCUGAUCGGAAUGGAAAUAUUACAUUCCAUAAGUUGGUUGGCCGGCUGGACAACAGUGCUGUUUCUGCCAUUGGUGCAAAGUUGGCAUUCAAAUCCAAUGAAGAAAUAGCUGUUCAAGUGAGGUCUAUCCCUCUUGAUGAAGUUAUCCCAGAGUUGGAACCAGUGCUUCUGCUUAAAAUAGACGUUCAGGGAUGGGAAUAUCAUGUAUUGAAGGGAGCCAAAAAGUUAUUAUCCAGGAAGAAAGGUGAAGCCCCAUAUCUAAUCUACGAGGAAGAUGAACGACUGUUGCAAGCAAGUAACAGUACUGCCAAAGAGAUACGGAACUUUCUAAGUAGUCUGGGUUAUACUCAUUGCACCCAGCAUGGUACAGAUGCCCACUGCACCAAGAAUUAGUGCAAGUACCAUGAAUGUGCCACAGAUGAGAACCUAACUGCAACUCUGUUGUUUACAUACAAUUUCUCUCAGUCCUCAGGCAGUGCACGCAGUUAUCCCAAUACAAAUUUCUUAAUUUUUUUGAUAGAGAAGAUACCACAAUCCUUUGAGUUGGUAAUUUGAUGGUUAAGGUUAAUGGAAGCUUUUUAAUGCUCAACGCAGUAAGUGGUGACGGGUUGGAUGAAACUGUCACUGAGCUCUCAUCUCGUGCUGCUAGAUAUUUACUUUCUGGUUUUGUCAGAUGGAUGAAACUGUUGUUGAGCUCUCAUCUCAUGCUGAUAGAUUUUUGCUUUCUGGUUAUUGUCAGAUGUGUGCUCACUGGCUUUUAAAUGUAUAAUUCUUCUUUUCCCAA